UGAAAAUAAGUCCAAAUUGUGGCGCCACUAGUGUGAGAUGUGAUGUGAGAUUAGUUAAAUACGUACUUAACCUAUAAUAAUAGACAAAUACAAGAUAGAAGCCGUAGUACUAGCGUGUUUGCAAUUAAUUUCGCGAAUAUAAACAAAAAUAUUUAUUGAAAAAAAUGGAUGACGAGGCAGAAACUUACAAAUUAUGGAGAAUUAGAAAGACAAUAAUGCAACUUUGUCACGAUCGAGGUUAUUUGGUAACUCAAGAUGAGUUGGAUCAAACACUAGAGCAGUUUAAGGAUCAGUUCGGUGACAAGCCCAGUGAAAAAAGACCCGCAAGAAGUGAUUUGAUUGUCUUGGUAGCGCACAACGAUGAUCCUACUGAUCAGUUGUUUGUUUUCUUUCCCGAUGAACCGAAGAUUGGGAUCAAGACCAUAAAAACUUACUGUCAACGUAUGCAGGAAGAAAAGAUCCACAGAGCGAUUAUUGUUGUUCAGUCAGGAAUGACCCCUUCUGCUAAACAGUCACUAAGUGACAUGGCUCCGAAAUACAUUUUAGAGCAAUUUUUAGAAUCAGAACUUCUUAUAAAUAUAACUGAGCACGAGUUGGUUCCUGAACACAUUGUCCUGACUCCUGAAGAGAAAGAAGAAUUGUUGAGUCGUUACAAGCUGAAAGAAAACCAACUGAUGAGAAUCCAAGCGGGUGAUCCUGUUGCUAGAUACUUUGGUCUUAAGAGAGGACAAGUCGUUAAAAUUAUUCGGCCAUCGGAAACUGCUGGUCGUUAUAUUUCCUACCGACUUGUUUGUUAAUCAAUUUAUUAUUUCUUAUAUUAAAUACCUUUUACUUGUAAUUUAAUUAUAAAGAUGAUGUUCAAUAAAUAUUUAUAAUUUUAUACAA